GUUGUCUUGCUUGUAUUGUUGAUUCAUAUGUGAUGUAAUGUUUGCUAAGCUCUUGCCCGAGUAAGACGUUUCAGGACUUUGGCUGCUUCAACAAAGAUAGACGAAUUCUAAGACAUGUUGAAGAUUAAUCCUACCAGUGUUUCCUUCUAACACAGGAAUUAACAAUUUUUAAUGAAUUUCGAAAAGCAUAGAAUACAAUGUAAUAUCUCACCAACAUUGUGACAACAUUGCAACAUUAUUUCAGUGACAUUGAAGAAACUUUCCAAAGUUGCUUCAACAUUGCUAGAAUGUUCUGUACUAAACGGAUAUAGAUACACGUAGAGUAAAAGUCUUCAAAAAGUCUCAAUCACAAGCAAUCAACAGACACAUCACGAUGAAGUACGAAAUACAAAAGACAAAAAGUAAAAAAGCACAAUGGCCCCAAUGGAUUGCUGGUAUCGGAGUUAAUCUUCUGCAGCUGCAAAUGGGACUGAUAGCGGUUUGGAGCUCACCGUACAUCGCAUAUCUGACUUCAUCUGAAUCUCAUAUUCCCAUGACAAUGGACGAAGCUUCGUGGGUAGUUUCUUUAUUAAACCUAGGCAGACUAAUUGGCGCCAUUUCUGGUUCUGUUGCCGUCAAUUAUCUCGGUACUAAAACAACGAUCUUCGUGACAAGUUUGCCAAUAACUAUCUGUUGGGUCUUUAUAAUUGUCGCUAAUCGAGUGGAAUGGCUGUACGCAGCCAGAUUACUAGCUGGCAUCAGUCUAGGAAAGAUGUACAGUUGCUUCUCGCUUUACUUAGGCGAAAUAGCGGAUCCUACUAUUCGCGGAGCUCUAGUUGUUUUAGCUGUAAGUGGACUGUCAGUAGGAAACCUAAUGAUGAGCAUCAUGGGAGCAUAUUUAAGUAUGGCAAUGAGCGCUACGAUAUGCUUCAUCCUAAGCUUCCCAGUGAUAAUCGUUUUCAGUUGGUUGCCGGAAUCGCCGCAUCAUUUUGUCAAGAUCAAAGAAGAAAAUAAAGCACGAGCCUCGAUACUCUGGUAUCACCGCGAUUGCGACGUGGAGUCGGAAUUGGAAACGCUGAAAGACUUUCUCGAAAAGAACAAGAGUUUGUCACUCGCGGACGUUGUGAAGGAAUUCAGAAUUCCGUAUAUCUGGAAAGCGCAAAUACUCGUGACCAUGCUCAUUAUAUAUCUUCAGAUGUGCGGAUUGAACAAUGUGCUAUUCUACAUGGAGACUAUUCUGCGAAACGCAAAAGUCACCGUCAUAGAGCCAUCGGUGAUCGUAAUCAUCGUCACCGCUAUUGGGAUCAUCGGUUGCAUGCUUUCCAUGUUUUUAGUCGAUAAAUUCGGCAGACGGAUUCUGAUGAUCGUCUCCAGUUUGGCCGUCACGAUCUCGCUAAUAUGCCUGGGAAUACAAUAUCAGCUUCUCGAUGCAGGAUAUGACGCUGACAAUCUUCAGGGUCUACCAAUUUUUUCGAUAUUACUCUUUCAAUUAUUUGUCUACAUCGGUAUCGUCUCAGUACCCAAUACGGUUUUAGGUGAGAUCUUUCCGCCACAUGUGAAGUGCGUAGCCGGCUGUUUCGGAAGCAUCAUCGGUGCGAUAUCGUCCUUCAUCUCCACGUCAACAUAUCAACCGUUAAUCAAUUUGAUGACGGAAAAAUAUUUGUUCUAUCUGUACGCUUUGCUAAUUAUAACUGCUGUACCGUACACCUAUUUCUACAUGCCUGAGACUAAGGGCAAGUCGUUGCAGCAAAUUCAAGAAGAACUGAACAGAAAAUCUAAAGCAACAACUUGACCUCAAAUAUAUUAAUAAUCCUUAUGACCAUUAAUAUAUCUACACAGGAUCUACAGAAAACUUGUAACGGAGUUACAACUUGUUUUCUAGUAUUUAUUAUAAAAUUAUUUUUAUAAUACAUCGAUAAGUUGGUGCUGAGUAAUGCUGCAUGACUAAUAAUAAUGUAAUAUUUUAGCUAUUAUACAUGUAUAUUAUUUGAUUAAUAAAAAUUAGAGAUAGUAAUAGAAGUAGUAAUAAACACAUGGUUAUUUAAAAAAGAUCUAAUUGUAGCAAUUAACAUAAUAAAAUAAUGUACUAAUAUAAUGCUGUAAGUAACAAAAUAAAAAUUAAAAAACAGGUAAAUAGUGAGGAAAAGUAUUUAAAAAA